AUGUGUGCCGAUGUAAGCCAGGCUAUGUGGACUACUCUCCCAAUGCUCAAAGUUGCUCUUUCAGUGAAAACAAAUGACCGAUGCUCAGUUGGCAAAAACGAUUGUGACCGUAAUGCUCGCUGUUCUCAGAUAGGAGAGGACGACUACAGCUGCACCUGCCCCCCAGGAUUCAAGGACAAAUCCCCGUCAGCCUCACGUCCAGGCAGAGUUUGCAUUCCAGUAAUUCCUGAAUGCGAUAAUCCUACACUUAAUGAUUGCGACUCGCCUGAUAGAGCAAUCUGUACGGAUACUGAUGACGGAUAUAUGUGCAGAUGUCGCCAAGGCUUUCUCGACAUCUCCCCAAACAUCGCCACCAAACCGGGAAGACUUUGCAAACCUUUACAAAAUGAAUGUGCACUGGGCACUGACGACUGCGCUCGUGACGGCGGUAUCUGCGAGGAUACGCCUGAUUCCUUCAUUUGCCGAUGUGCUAUGAACUAUCUGGAUGUCUCUUUCGACAGACAGAACCGACCUGGUCGAAAGUGCAAGCGACUGGUUGAUGAGUGCGCCACCGGACAGAAUGAUUGCUCACGCGAAGCGAUCUGUACUGACACAGAAGACAGUUACGUUUGUGCUUGUCCCGCCACCCAUAUC